AUGGCAAGGCAGCAGACAGCCGACAGAAAUAUUCCCCAUCUCCGAGAUAUCUUCGGAUUUGGUAACAAAUGGGAGAACACGCGUCUCCAAGCAGAAGAGAAAGCACCAGGACACGACAGCGCGGUAUCUGUCGGUUCAACCUCUGGUGAAGAGGAGAGUCCUAAGAACAGCAAAAAGAAGAAGUCACGUCGUCGUGAUAAUAGCAAAACUUUAACGGAAAGCGAUGUGAAACACCUGGAGAGACACCUGUCCAUGAAGAAGACCAUCCGCAAGAAGAUCAUGCGCGAUCUGCAGCAGGCGUUCGUUGAGGAUCCGAAUGAGUUCCGGGUAGAUGAUAUACCACCAGAACAGCUGAAGGCGGAGAUCAAUAUUCAGAGUCUGAGCUUUGGAACACCAUCACAGAAGCAGGGACGCACACGUGGCAACGCAGAAAACACAUUUCUCGACAUGCUUCGUGCUGGAGGUCUGGAAAAGAACUCUGGUGAUGGAGACAGAGACUCUGGACAUGGUGGCUCCCCCACUAGGGAAACUCCCAAUGCACAAGACACGGACGACGAAUCUAGUUACCCCUAUGAUACACCAGUUGCAACGCCGUCGAAAAAGAGCGGCAACUUUUGGAGACGUUUCACCAUGAAGAGUCGUAACAAG